AUUGAACAGAUGAUUCAUACAUAUGAUCUUUUAUCUACCAUUUAUAGUGUUGUUACAAGACAAAAUGGCACCACCCAUAUAUAGUAAACAUGAAUAUAAAGGCCAUCAAUAUUAAGUUUUUUUCUUUUUUUUCACCAUCUUUUCUUUCGAUUUUCCUGUUUCUUUUCUGUGAUUAUCAUCCUCCUCCUCAUCCCCUCUCUAUCUCUUUCGUGAUCCCCUAAUUUGUUAACUCUUCCUUCAUCCAUAGAGAAAAAGGAAGAUUUUUGUAAAGGGAUUGCAAAAACACAAAUUUAUAUACAUCAUUACAGAAAAAGUUGAGAGGAUCAAAUUAAUUAGCUAAGGCUACCUCGAUCUCCUAAAAUCCCACCCCGACUUAUUAUUCGGGGUGGGAAAAGGAAAGGCUAUAGCCUAUAGGGCUAAAAACGUGCAUGAACUUGUACGUACCCCUAAAAGAGGGACAUAAGACAGGGAUUAUUCCAUUUUAUCAAUUUUGACAAAAGUACUAAAAUAGAAAUGAAUUCUACAUCAAUAAAGCAACCAUUUUGCAUGAGAGUACCACCAUGGUACCCUAAAGAACACUUGGUGGAAUUCCCUUCUAUGAUAUUGCAACUUCAAAUGUUUGUUGUCUACUGUCUAACUCAAGCCAUACAUCAUAGUUUCUUCAAGCAUUUUGGCCUUCCCCCUCUUGUGUCCCAAUUAAUAGCAGGUGUUCUUCUCUCGCCAGAAAUAUUCAUGGGAAAAAUCAAGUUAUUAAAGACAAUUCAUGAACUCAUAUUUCCAGAGACAAGUGAUGAAGUAUGGAAAUCUAUAUCAAUGUUGGGUUUUUCUCUUUCAAUAUUCAUAAUCGCGGUAAAAACAGAUUUUACCAUCAUCAAGAAAACUGGUAAAAAACCCAUCAUAAUUGGUCUACUAGUACUAAUUUUCACCAGCAUUUCAAGCACAACAUCUGCACUUGUAUAUGGUAAAUUUGCUGGUUUAGGCAACAAUGACAAGAAAAUGGGUGAGCUAACUUCAAGUGCAUCAGUCCUAGCAUUAUCUACAUUUCCAGUAAUUGCUGUUCUUCUUAGUGAUCUUAAGCUCAUUAACUCUGAGCUUGGUAGAUUAGCAUUAUCAUGUGGCAUAAUCGGCGAAAUAGCAGGAAUUACACACACAUUAGUUGCAAAGAGUGUGCUUAGUACAAUAGCAUUGCUAAAAGAACACAAGAAAAAGGAAGUAAUGGUAAAUAUUGGCAACCGUGUUGUUGGGCUCAUUGUGUUUUUCCUAGCUGUGUUCUUCAUUUUUCGGCCUUGGAUGAAAAGAAUCAUAAAAAAGACACCAAAAGGAAAACAAGUGAAGGAUAAUUACUUGAUUCUUAUAUUUUUACUGAUGUUAGUAGGAGGAAUUUUAACUGAUAUAAGUGGAGAGUUUGUGAUAGUUGGUUGUUUUGUGAUGGGAGCUGCAGUACCAGAUGGACCGCCUUUAGGAUCAUCUAUAGUAAAUAAAUUUGAUACAUUUGUUUCAGGGAUUCUUCAGCCAUUUUUGAUAACAAUGUCUGCUAUAAGAGCUAAUGUUUUUAAGAUUAAUUUUCAUGAUAAGGUAACACUUGGUGAAGUACUUGUUACUGUAUCUGGUUUUACUGCAAAGAUCUUGGUGUGCAUUGGUUGUGGAUUUUACUAUGAUAUGGCUAUCUCUGAUGCCUUGUCACUUGCUGCUAUUAUGUCUUCUAAAGGGAUUGUUGAUAUUGGUCUCUUUAACAUGUUUAUUGAUUCUCAGCUAAUUGGAGACUCAACAUAUGCCUACUUAAUUCUUGUCACAAUUGGUGUUGCAAUUAUAGUACCAAUCAUCAUAAAGUUUCUAUAUCAACCUCAAAGAAAAUAUGCAGGAUAUGAAAACAGAGAUAUAGUAAGUUGCAACCUUGAAGCUCAUCUAAGAGUUCUGUGUUGCGUUAGUAGACCAGAUAAUGUACCUCCAUUCAUUCACCUCCUCGCGCUUUCGAAUCCAACCACAAACCACAUGAUUGUCGAUGUUCUACACCUUAUAAAACUCGCAGGAAGAGCACAACCCAUAUUCAUAUCUCAUGACUUACAAGAAGGAAAUGAAUCAGAAAACAUGUCUUAUUCUGAAGAUGUAAUCUCAGCUUUUAACUCAUUAAUUCAAAGAGCAAGCAUGGAAGAAGACCUCUUUAUUCACUUCUUUACAACAGUUACACCACCUAAGGCAAUGCAUGAUGAUAUAUGCACUCUAGCACUUGACAAUUUGGCAUCACUUAUCAUCUUACCAUUCCAUAGAAAACUAAGUAUUCUCGAUGGAUCCAUCGAGUUUGAGGAUCAUGCUCAGCGCGUCCUCAACAGUAACAUCCUUGAACGAGCUCCAUGCUCAGUCGGAAUAUUUAUUAACAGAGGUACAUUCAAGCUCCCCAUACCCGAGUCCUCAAACUUGACCUCAGUAGUGGUGCAAUCGCCAGUGCACCAGCAAAAUGAGUUCUCUGCAGCAGUAAUUUUGUUAGGAGGAACAGAUGAUCAAGAAGCAGUAGCAUAUGCUAAGCGUAUGGCCUCAUUUAAGGUAUGGGUGCUCGUUAUUCGACUCGUUUCUUAUGGUGAUCAAAGUGAGCUAAGUGAGCUUGAUUCUAAAACAUUACAAGAUAUUCAAGAGUAUAAGAAAGUUAACCCACAAUUUAAGUAUUCAGAGCAAAAAGUUCAAGAUGGUUCACAAACUGCAAAAAUGUUAAGGUCUCUUGCGGAAGAAUUUGAUCUUAUUAUUGUAGGAAGAAGACAUAAUUUAGAUUGUCCUCAAACUUCUGGUUUACAACAAUGGAGUGAAGUAAGGGAACUUGGUAUCCUCGGAGAUAUGCUAGCGUCGCCGGAUUUCCCUGGUAAGACGUCGAUAUUGGUGGUUCAACGGCAAAAACAAUGGACAUUAAAAGGUUACAAGCAUAGUUAAGAGGUUGUGAUCUUUUAAUAACUUGUACAUAAGUUCAAAAUUUUGUGGUAUUGAUCUUACAAUUAAGAGUUUUUAUGGUACAAAGUUAUACUCCUUGAUCUAAUUUGUAGUUCUUUGGUUUAAAUAUGGCUUCAAUGAAGAUACAGGUACGUCAACACGUUCGA